AUGCUGGAUCAAAUGGCCAACGACAUCAAGCUCCUCUCGGGGAGCGGCCAUCCGGAGCUCAGCUCUCUGAUGGCCACCCGACUCGGCAUCACUGUCGCAAACACCAUGUGCCUGAAGUACUCGAACCAAGAGACGAGCGUCUCCAUCGGCGAGUCGGUUCGUGAUGAAGAUGUAUUCAUCGUUCAAUCGGUCGCGCCGGGCCAGGUCAACGAUGGCAUCAUGGAGGUCUUUAUCACGGCCAAUGCUUGCCGCAGCGCUUCAGCUCGAAGCAUCACCGUUGUCCUCCCCUUCUUUCCCUACAGCAGACAGGACAAGAAGGACAAGUCGCGCGCCCCAAUCAGCGCGAGGCUUAUGGCAAACAUGCUGCAGGUGUCUGGUGUCAACCAUGUCAUCACGAUGGACCUGCACGCCUCGCAAAUCCAGGGCUUCUUCAACGUGCCCGUGGAUAACCUCUUUGCUGAGCCGUCCAUCUUUCGAUGGAUCCGAGAGAAUCUAAACAUUGAAGACUGCGUCAUUGUCUCACCUGAUGCUGGAGGCGCGAAGCGUGCGACAUCUAUUGCUGAUCGUCUUAAGACUGCCUUUGCUUUGAUCCACAAGGAGCGUCCACGUCCCAACGUCGUCGGCCGGAUGGUGCUGGUCGGUGAUGUCAAGGAUAAGACUGCUAUCAUUGUGGAUGAUAUGGCGGAUACCUGUGGAACUCUUGCAAAGGCGGCGGCCACGCUUAACGAGCAUGGUGCUCGUCAGGUCUUUGCGAUUGUUACCCACGGAAUUCUCAGUGGUAAUGCCAUUGAGACUAUCAACAAUUCUUGCCUUUCUGGCUUGGUCGUGACCAACAUUGGCGACAAGGUUGAGCGAUGCCCCAAGCUCAAGGUGAUUGAUGUGUCUGGAACUCUGGCUGAGGCCAUUCGGAGAACCCACAAUGGCGAGUCCGUCUCGUACCUCUUCACCAACGCUCCUCUGUGA